AUGGCUUCGGUUACCUCGCUGGACAAAGACUUGCGCAACAUGCGCCUAUCCCGCUAUACCCCGCAGGCAGCCGCGGAGGUACGUGACUGGAUUGAAGAGGUUCUACGUGAGAAACUCCCUUCGAGUGAUCUGUUAGAAGGCCUUAAGGAUGGAGUGGCACUUUGCAAGUUAGUCAAUUUGGCUGUAUCACCAGGCGUGAAAUAUAAGCAGUCCUCAAUGCCAUUUGUUCAGAUGGAGAAUAUUUCACACUUCCUACGCGCAUGUCAAAUGGCACCACUCGGCCUCCCCCCGCACGAUGUCUUCCUCACUGUCGAUCUCUAUGAAGCCAAGGACCCGGCGCAGGUCCUCCAGUGUCUGGCAUCGUUUAGCCGUCGGGCUCAUAUUCUUCACCCAGGUAUAUUCCCGCGUUCGGUUGGCCCGCAAAGCAAACGUGGGGUGGUCAGCCCAAAUGCGACGGGCUCCUCCAGCCAGGGGUCGUAUACCCCACGAACCGGCCGUGCUUCCAGCAAUGCCAGCGACGCCAAUCCUAACAACCCCGGUCGAAUGAGUCCUUCUAAGCCGUCCGGAUCUUACAGCUCCUGGAGUAAGAAGAAUGACCAGGGCUCCACGUCCCCCGCUUGGAACAUCCACCAAUAUGGCUAUAUGGGUGGUGCCAGCCAAGGCAAUCAAGGCAUUGCAUUCGGGUCUCGACGGCAAAUUACUACCCCAAGCCCGGCCGUGCCGAGUUUAGCAGAAAAGGAAAAGUACAGGCGUGAGGAAGAUGAGAGAAUUCGUCAAGAAACUGCGAGACAGGAAGAGGAACAACGAGCUCGCCAACGAGAGAUCGAGGAGCAGGAAGCGCAGGCCAAGAUUGAAGAAGAGCGUCGAUGGAAGGAGCAGACAGAACGUUUGAGAGAGAAGGAACGCCAAGAAAUGGAAGAUGAGAAGAAACGGUGGGAUGCAGAGAAGCGUCAGUGGGAGGAAGAAGAACAGCGACGAGUCGCGGAAGAGAAAGCAACUGAGGAGCGCCUCGAGCAAGACCGCCAACGCCGAAAGAGUGCUACCGAUGCUCGUCUCAAUGGACAAUUCCUCAGUCAAUACCAAGCGGGCCAGCCUGGUGCAGAGCCGGCAGUCGAAGAAACACCCGAGAGUCGGCGCAUCAAGGAACUCGAACGCGAACUUGAGCAAGCCAAAGAAAGAGAGCCGGUAGCCGUCAACGUCCCGUUCCAGUACCCCCCCAAACCAAGCUACGACCUCUCCUCUCUUGAACAGGAACGCCGCAUGCUGCGCACGGAGUGGCAGAAUACACAAGAAAUGCCAGCAGCGCAAGAGCAACCAGAGGAGGUUGAAGAGCAAGCCUCGCCUCCACCUCGUCGACCACUCCCACAGCCAGUGCCUUCAUCUCAGGCAGUACCAUCACUCCCACCUAGAGAUCUACCCGCUGCCUCUCGUCCUCUUCCGGACCCAGUUGCAUAUUCCGCAAACCGUGGUCGCGAGAGUCGUGUCGAUCGCUUCCUCUCCUCUAACCCAGCACCUCAGGCCGCUGCUCCAUCCUCUCAUGGACCUCAAGACUACAGCACGACAUCAGAAGUCGACGCAGAGAACAGCCGCCGUAUUGCCUCCCAGCAACAGACCAAGGCCGGCGGAUGGGCAUCGAAAUCGCUGCUUGAACGUGAAAUGGAGCGUGAACGCGAGCGCCAGCGUGAAUGGGAAGAAAACCAAGAAAACACCCAGGCUGCUGCGCGCGAUAACACCAUGGGCUCGGGGCCCGGUCAGACCUGGGACGUUCAUCAAUACGGGUACUUGGGUGGCGACAACCAGAACCGCGGUGGUGUUGGAUUGGGCGUUGGAGGUGCCCGUCGUCAAAUCAUCGGACCUCGGCCUCCGCCAUAA